UAAUAUAUUCGUGUGUUACUUAUUGUAAUGAUCAAAUAUCAAAACUUGUUGGUGGAUGGCGGGCAUGAUUAUCGAAGUAAUUCCCCGUUGAAGAAAUUAGAAUGAUAGCAACGCAAACGUUCCCUCGAAAUGGCAUGAGCUUGUGUUCGGAGAAGAAGAAAAACAAAACUUGGAAACAGAGACGGCGAGAAAGCGAAGAAAGAAGCAACGCUCUCUGUUUCCCAAAACCCAAACCAACCCCACUCCUUAUCCGUCACCGACCUCUCCCCCAAACAAAACUCCAAGCUCUUGAACAAGUCCUCACAGACCUUGAAUCCUCCGUUGAGAAGGGCAUCAGAAUCGAUCCUGAAAUCUAUGCCUCUUUGUUAGAAACCUGUUACCGCUUCCAAGCCCUUCGUCACGGUAUCCGACUCCACCGCCUCAUCCCAACAACCUUGUUGCAUCAAAAUGUCGGAAUCUCCUCCAAGCUUAUUAGGUUGUAUGCGUCGUAUGGUUACUUAGACGAUGCCCACGACCUGUUUGAUCAAAUGACUAAAAGGAAUACCUCCGCAUUUCCCUGGAAUUCACUUAUCUCAGGAUAUGCCCAAGUGGGUCUAUACGAUGACGCCAUUGCACUCUACUUCCAAAUGGUGGAAGAGGGUGUUGAACCUGACUUGUUCACCUUCCCUCGGGUUCUCAAAGUUUGUGCCGGAAUUGGGUCUGUUCAAGUGGGGGAAGAGGUGCAUCGCCACGUGGUUCGUGCUGGCUUUGUCACUAAUGUGUUUGUCCUCAAUGCACUCGUUGACAUGUAUUCCAAGUGCGGUGACAUUGUAAAGGCUCGAAAGAUCUUUGAUAAGAUGCCACUUAGAGACCCGGUUUCGUGGAAUUCGAUGCUCACGGCUUAUGUUCAUCACGGCCUUGAGGUUGGGGCAAUGAACAUUUUCCGCCAGAUGCUUUUGGAAGGCUCUGAACCUGAUUCUGUUAGCAUAUCCACCAUUCUCACAGGUGUGUCAUCACUAGGUCUUGGGGUCCAAAUUCAUGGAUGGGUAAUCCGGCGAGGGCACGAAUGGAACUUGUCCAUUGCCAAUUCCUUGAUCACGAUGUACUCCAACCAUGGCAAGUUGGAUAAGGCACGUUGGGUAUUCAAUCUAAUGCCAGAGAGGGAUCUUGUUUCGUGGAAUUCUAUAAUAUCUGUACAUUGCAAACACCGUGAAGCCCUUGCUUAUUUUGAGCAAAUGGAGGAAGCUGGUGUUGUGCCUGAUAAAAUAACGUUUGUUUCAGUAUUAUCAGCUUGUGCCUACUUAGGUUUGGUGAAGGAUGGAGAGAGAUUGUAUACUCUAUUGUGUAAAAAGUAUAAAAUAAACCCAAUUAUGGAACAUUACGGUUGUAUGGUUAACCUUUAUGGAAGAGCAGGACUGAUUAAAAAGGCUUAUAGCGUUAUAGUCGAUGGAAUGAACUCUGAUGCUGCUGGUCCAACUCUCUGGGGAGCUUUGUUGUAUGCCUGUUUCUUGCAUGGAGACGCAACUGUAGGGGAGAUUGCUGCAAACAGGCUUUUUGAUUUAGAGCCAGACAAUGAGCAUAAUUUUGUCCUUCUUAUGAGGAUAUAUGAAAAUGCAGGCAGAUUAGAGGACGUGGAGAGAGUUAGAAUGAUGCUGGUAAACAGAGGAUUGGAUUAUUAGACAGCUGCACAUCCAAAUACUUAUCACCACAUGUAUAACCCGUGUGUUUUUUCUUGAGUCACCCCGGAUAUGCUUGAUGAUGCUUGAUUUGUUCAGUUUCCUUUUUGUCCCACCAAUGUGAUUACAAUAAACAUUCUUUGAUGUGCAGCAUCAGCACAUAACUUGCCUCAUCAAAUUCCAACUAGGUAAUGUCUUUCUUCCUCUUCGCAUCAAAUACCAGAAAAUAUAUUAUUUUUUCA